AUGCAGCUUGCACCAGGUGUAUAUGGUAGUGCUUGUGAAGCCUUGCGUGAUGAUUAUGAAGAAGUUCGCCUGAAAGCUGUCAAACUUCUCUGGGUUGUUAGUCAAAUCUAUCCUGAACGGUGAGUGGUAAUUAAAUACACGAGUUUGCUUCGUUUAUUCAUGGAUAAUAAAAUAAAUGGAUAGGACUCUAGCUGACGUAAGCAAAAACAACCUAGUUGCAAUCUGUGACGUCACGCGUAUUGCAAAGUUCUCGGCAUUUUUGUUGUUUCGCUAGACUUUCUGCUUUAAAGAGUAAUAUUGAAGCAUGAACUGGUCUAAUUGUUUCAAAAACACGCCUAAGCCACAACAAAGUAUUCAAGGUAAAUGUUUUUCGUCUUUGUUUGGUAUUUUUUUACAUUAGUAGCUACGAAAUUGACGUCCCCAAUUUUAACGAAAUUUUGGGAUGCAUUUUUCACUGUUUAGUGCUUGAAAUAUUCGCUAAAAUUGACUGGGAAUACUUAGAGAUUUCAUUGUAGAAUGGCGUAGUUAUAUUCAUUUGCUCUUUGACUAAAAUGUUUAGCUGUAUUAUUGCUAAACAUGCCGUUUUUGAGAAUUUGGUUUACAACUAGGUUUCAACAUCCAAUCACGCCAUCAGUCCAUUGAAAACAUUAGGUCACCCCCCCCCUAGCUAUGGCCAGGGGGUGCAGGGGGGGUGCUAUUUUUCAUGAUAAAGCAAAAAAUUAUUAGAGACAAAAUGAGAUUCAGUAAUUUGAGCAAUAACAUGAUGAUAUUAAAGCGAACUGUGAACAACAAUUACAAUUCAAAUACUGUAGUCAAGCAAGACUUUGCAGAAGUGGAACAUGUUGCUAGAUGGGUAAAGUCACUGGAAACCAAUUGCAACGUACUCGUCUGGAAAAUUUUUUUGCCUAAAAAGUUGUCAAAAAUUUUCCCCCCCCCCCCCCCCUACCAGAUCAUGCUGGAUCCAUCCCUGCUUUCCUAUCCAUUUAUUUUAUUAUCCAUGGUUUAUUACAUAAAAGUAUAAGUAUAUGGGCAACCAUGUGAUGGCAUGCAAGUAUAGAAUUAAAGAUUAAGAGCAUACGAGUGAAAAUUUUGCCAGUAUUGCCCGUCAACUUACUGUCGUGCAAGUUUGUCAAAAACUUAAUUGUAUACGAGCAACACCACAUGAUCACUUGUCUAUUAUUUGCAUAUUUAUUUGCAUAUUUCGCGUCUAGAAUAUGAAUCGUAAUAUAUAUAGAGAAUAUUAGACGGUUGCGAAGAGAAAACAAUAUCUCACGAGUUAGCGCAGCGAACGAGUGAGAUAUUGUUUUUGACACGAGAACAUAAAUCCAUAUCUUCUCGCAACCGUUUAAUCACAGCUCAGAGUGACAAAAAAUGCACACAAAGACGACAUGUAAGUAAGCAUGCGAAAGACCAGUAUAGCUAUAAAAGCGAUAUUUUUUAAAAUUAUAGUUAACAUAAAACUAGAAUAAAUUUUACUUAUCUCAAGAUGUCUUCGUUUUGUCAAAUGUUUUCGUUUUAUUUCCAACGUUAAUUUCGUUUUAUAUACGAACCAAAGACCAUUUGUAUUUUCAAAACAACAACAAUGAAAAUGGCGGCGUGAAAUAGGGAAAAUACGCGCACCUUGUCCCGGAAGUAGUGACGUAUGAGUUGUUCGAGUGUUUUAGUUUCCAGUAAAACACCAUUGUCCAUCAGUAUAAUAAAUAGGGAUAUGCCGGAUCUGGAUACCAUGCAGUCUCCGAUAUCCGGCCAUAUUUACCGGAUAGUACUGAAACUUUUAUAAGAAUCAUGACGCCGACAAAAUGUUUUCUUUGUCCUUUUUUGUACGGAAUACGAAUAAUAUUGCUUGGAAUGUAGAAAAAGUUUCCAUGAAGUGAACUGCUCUCUGCUAUAUAGAUUAGCCGAUAUUUAUGCUUAUGGUAUAAAGAGAUAAGGCGCAUAGUAAAAUAAUGGGCUAUAUAUUACGAGAAAAAAUAGUGAAGCAUUUCCCCUGACAAGUAUCCGAUAGGCUGUCCGGCACAUCCCUAAAUUAUAGCCAAAUAUCCCAAGGACAAAACGAAAGUUCCUCGUUAAUUUGGAACUGGGCUAUACUGUAUAUUUGACUUGGCCAAUACAUAAAAAAGAUUCAUUUUAUUUGCACCUUAAACCUUUAAUCAAGUUAUCUGAAUCGUGUUUAAAUAUCACAUGUUACAUGUAGAGAAUGUAUAAGACAUACCUAUAUAGUGAAUAGUAAAACUAUUAUUGAACUCGGUUAUCGCAAAAUAUCGCGAUUAAGACCAUGGGCAUGAACUAUUUCCUACCAGAUAAACUACAUAUUCAAUUGUACUGCAAUGGGAAUACGUGUUUGGUUAAAUCGGGGAAAGGUAUUAUCGAGUUUCAAUAGUCUCUUUUUUAACCGUUUUAUUUUAGGGCCAUAAUAUCAGCAACGUCUGAUGAACGAAGAUGUGUAGACGAUGCAUUUGUCAGAAUUUGUCAGAUGGUAAACGAUCUUUCGAUGAAAGUAAGAGUUCAAGCUGCUGGUUUACUGGGAUCUUUGCAUCUCGUUAGUGCACGGUAUUUGCAACAAACUUUGGACAAAAAGGUCAUGUCACAUCUUAAAGUAAGUAUACUCACAGGUGGCCCAGGCUCUGUGUGGGUAUUUACUGUAUUUAUUUUUUAAUUCGAUUAUAUUUUGAAUUAAAAAUUUACUUUAAAUUAUAAAGUAUAACUUACUUAUAGUUUCCUUUAUGUAGUCUGUGUGAUUUGGGUGUGGUUUUAGUUUGAUAUAAUGAUAUUAAAACAUCAUGAAAAUGCGAUAUAAUAUACACUUUAUAUAUUGUAAAAUACUGCAAAAAAUAUUGCCUAAAUACGCACUGAUUCAAAAUAUUGGUGGACUUACUUGUUUACUGUGUCAUUUACUUCACUUCGUCGAUUUUCAGGCCAUUUCGUUGAACCCAUUUCGUAUAUCAUCUAUUGUUAUAUAGUUGGUGUCAAAGUUCAAUUUUUCUGUUUACCGAUUGGUCAAAACCGUAUCACGUGCCGGUCCACAAAACGUCAUCCUCGGCAACCGGUCCAAAAUGAAACAUUUAUUGACCGGUCAAUAAUAAAAUGGAUGCAAUACGCAUGCGUGUCAACCAUGAAGUUCCAAAGUUCAUUUUUUAAACUUUUUACUAAACAUUUACGGCGUUCCAUUUAUCCAGUUUUGGUUUCAAAUUAAGUUCACUCCAAUAACCGGUGAAUUAUUCAUACUUUGACACUUAUAUACUAUAUAACAAAACACUUAUAUAUUUACUGAGACCUCGGGAAAGCAGUGUGUUUUGUGGCCCCUCGACCGCCGUUGUUGCCCUCGGCGGUCUCGGUUCCACAAAACACACUGUUUCCCUCGGUCUCAGUAAAUAAGUGAUAAAUAUUACCCACUAUCAAUAACGCAAAGGUAGGCAGCUGUGACGCCGGGCUAACUUGGGCAAGACCUAAAUUUCAACAAAACUCGCCGAUAAAAUAUUGCCAAACUUUUCGAUAAAAUAUUCCUUGAAGAAUUAAAACAACUUAAUGUAAAUUAAAGUACUUUCUCCAAACUCAUGAGUCGAUCUGCUCUGGAACCAAACCGCGCGUCUCGUUAAAAUAUUUCUCCUCAACCUUCCUGAUCUAUUAAUUGCACGUGAUAAUGAUGACCAUGACAAGAGUGAGAAUAACAAGAACAAACUUAAAUGUUAUUUAAAUCGUCUUUAAAGAGAAAAAAGACAGAUCAUGAGCAGCAACGAGAACUUCAUGCCUCUGGAUUGAAAGGAAGUGAAAGAUGGGCGACAAGGACAUCGAAGCACAUUGCUUCUUCUGCGGAAGUGAAUCCGGAAGAGGUGUCUCUGAUUGACAGUGGAGCUUGUGGUGCUUUCGUUUAUGGCCUUGAGGACGAAUUGUUGGAGGUUGGUUCACACGUGCAAAUUGCAUUUCAGAUCAUGUAAUGUUUACUUAUUAUACAGUAUUUAAUCAAUUAUACAUUUUGUCAUUCAUGUUCAAAUAUAAAAUACAUAAAGAUAAAGAUUGAUAAAACAAGUAAACAUCACGUGAUCUGAAUUGGGAAAUGUAUUCCUUGGGUGGACGACCGCAUUCUUGAAUUGCAGCUUAAUAGAGAGGGGGCUUAUUAGAGAGGAGGCUUAUUAGAGAGGGGGCUUAUUAGAGAGGGGGCUUAUUAGAGAGGGGGCUUAUUAGAGAGGGGGCUUAAUAUAUUUCUUCAUGUACACACGUAAAAACGCACAAGCUAUACAAAACCGGCUGCAGACUUGUAACUAUGCUGUUCCAACAACUUUCAACAAGAUGUGUGUUGCAUUGUCUGUUCCCGGCUUGUUGACAACUUCUUACAAGGUUGUUGAGCUCAACAGACCUAUUACAAGUUGUUCCAACAACUUAACUUGUUCUCGUCCUGCAACUCAACAAUUUGUCAACAAGUUGUGAGUGACGACCUUGUACAGUAGUAUAAUAAUAAAAUAACACAUUGUUACAACUUGUUGAGAACCUUGCUACAAGCCUGUUGCGAACACAUCUUGUUUACGAGUUAUGAGAUUUUUACGUGUGUAAAAAUGGGUCUUAAUCAUAGAAUGGAGGAGGGGCCUUUUUGAGCGUAGGCCUAAUUUAUGAUCUAAAAAGUGGGGCUUAUUAGAGCUUGCGAUUUUCAGAGGAGGAACUUACCUGUGAUAGAGUGAUUACGGAAGUACUUGUGGUAGUACAUCGUAAUACUAACUCUGAUCAAAGGUUUGUCACCGUUAUUAGGUUCGCUCUGCAGCAGUGGAUUCUCUGUGUGAACUUGCUGAUCAACAUCCCGAUUUUGCACGACAAUCUCUCGAUUUUCUCGUCGAUAUGUUUAACGACGAGAUUGAAAGUGUUCGUUUGAAUGCCAUUCAUAGCUUGAGAAAGAUCAGUCGCCAUGUUGUGCUGAGGGAAGAUCAAUUGGAGACUAUCUUGGGUGUAUUGGAGGAUUACUCGUGGGAAAUCAGAGAUGCCGUGCGUGAACUUCUUUCUCAUUGUCAACUGUCAACUCGUGCUUGUCUUCAUGCUGCCAUUUAUGCCUUGCUCGGAAAUUUGACAAAAUAUCCACAGGAUAAAAAGUCCAUAUGGAGGUAAGAUU